GUUGGCUGCAGAUCUCUCAAUAUGGAGAAUGAAGCGAAAAGUGAGAAGGAGAAAGAGAAGAGUCAGUCUGACACGUCAGCUCUGAAUGCUAACAAGAACGAACAGAAUGUGCAGACGAUAGACUCGACGCAGGCGAUGUUCCUGCCAGUGGGCGCGUCCGUCUCCUUACUGGUCAUGUUCUUCUUCUUCGACUCUAUGCAGACAGUCUUUGCAACGUGUACAGCGUUGAUUGCUACGGUGGCGUUUGCGUUUCUACUUCUGCCCAUGUGUCAGUUUCUGAUACGUCCUUGCUCGAUGGCACAAAAGAUGUCAUUCGGAUGCUGCGGGAGAUUCACAGCCGCUGAGAUCGUUAGCUUCUGCGUGUCGUUUGUGAUCGUCUGUCUCUGGGUGAUGACUGGUCACUGGCUCCUCAUGGAUGCGCUAGGCAUGGGCCUAUGUGUUGCCUUCAUCGCAUUCGUGCGUCUUCCAAGUCUGAAGGUGUCCACUCUGCUGCUGACCGGUCUGCUCAUAUACGAUGUCUUCUGGGUCUUCUUCUCCUCAUAUAUCUUCAAUGCCAACGUCAUGGUGAAGGUAGCAACCAGACCGGCGGACAAUCCCGUUGGUGCAAUGGCGAAGAGGCUCCACCUAGGGGGCAUGAUGCGAGAUACGCCAAAGCUGUCUUUGCCAGGAAAGCUCGUCUUCCCCAGUAUGCACAACACGGGCCACUUCUCCAUGCUGGGACUCGGUGACAUCGUCAUGCCGGGCCUGCUGCUCUGCUUCGUGCUGCGCUACGACGCCUACAAGCGCGCGCAGCUGCAGUCAGCCGAGACCGGCCUGCCGCCGCCCGCCAGCAACUUUAGCAAGGUCACCUACUUCCACUGCUCCCUCAUAGGAUACUUCCUAGGUCUUGCUGACAGCGACAAGGUGUCAUCGGAAUUUUUCCGUAGCCGCCGCAGCCCGCUCUACUGUACCUUGCGCUGCCAUUUCACGCUGCUUCCACGUGCCUGCUCAUGCUUAACCUGA